CCCUUACAGACACCCUUUCUAAUAUCCCGCAGUUGUUUUUUUGUAUUAAUUUAUUUGUUUGUUUGUUUUUUUUAUCGAAAUGCGUGCUACGGUGUAGACUCACAUUUUGAUGACAAACCAACCUGCUCGUUUUGAUUUGUUUCUUUUUAAUUCACGAUGGCACGACGAGGACGCAGCGCGUGGCUGCAGCGCCUGAUUGUCCUUAUUGUCUCUUUGGGUCUUACUUUUAAUUUUACUUCGGCACAGCUGCGAUACUCUAUUCCCGAGGAGCUCACAGUGGGUUCUGCUGUUGGGAAUAUCGCGAAGGAUUUAGGGCUGGAUGUCGGUGCAUUGAAUGCGAGAGGAUUUCGCAUCGUUUCUGGAUCCACUGAACCCCUGUUUCAACUCAACAACAAUGGCAUCUUACACGUUAACCGGAAAAUAGACCGAGAAGAGGUGUGCGAACGGACAACUACGUGCAUUAUUAACAUAAAGACAGUGCUGGAGAAUCCUUUAGAGGUGCACUACGUCGGCAUUGAGGUUUUAGAUGUAAAUGAUCACUCUCCCACCUUCUCAGACAACGAGACGCAUUUGGAGAUCUCGGAAUCUGCUUUACCUGGUGCGCGCUUUCAGCUACAAGGCGCCCGCGAUCCAGACAGCGACAUGUUUUCUAUUCAGCUGUAUAAGCUCAGUCAAAAUGACCACUUUCGUUUGGAGGUUAAAGAUAGAGGCGAGGAUGGCAAAAUCCCUGUUUUGUAUUUGCAUAAAGCGCUAGACAAAGAAGCUGCAAGAAGUCAUAGAUUAUUGUUGACAGCUGUUGAUGGAGGAAAGCCUGCCAGAUCAGGAACAAUGGGAAUUAUCGUUAAUGUUUUGGAUGUGAAUGACAAUAUGCCAGUAUUUGUCAGAGACUCAUAUACUGCUGUACUUAAAGAGAAUUCGCCCGUUGGCACAACUAUCAUACAAGUGAAUGCCACCGAUUUAGACGAUGGUUUAAAUGGGGAGGUGGUUUAUUCGUUUGGGAAUAAUGUAAAUCACAAAUUACGUAAACUUUUUGAGGUUGAUGCAAAUACAGGUGAAAUUAUUGUCAAAGGACUCAUAGAUUUUGAAGCAAAAGACAGAUAUGAGCUUGAUAUUAAAGCUUCUGAUAAAGGUUUAGUCCCACUGGAAACAGAAAAAAGUGUUGUAAUAACUAUUGUAGACCUGAAUGACAACUCACCUGAGAUUGAGGUGACAUCCUUUUCUAGUGCAAUUCCAGAAGACGCCAAAUCUGGAACGACAGUCGCAUUGAUAAGUGUAAAUGAUAAUGAUUCAGGAGUAAAUGGAAAGGUCAUAUGUUACAUAAGCGAGGAUGUACCCUUCACUUUAACACCUUCUUUACAAGAAAAUAUGUAUUCAGUAGUGACCAAAUCUUUGCUGGAUAGAGAGCAUCAGUCCAAGUAUGAUGUAACAAUAGUUGCAAAAGAUGCAGGUGAACAAUCCUUGUCAUCUCAGAGAACUAUAAGUGUUACAGUAUCAGAUGUGAACGACAACAGUCCAGAGUUUUUGACAAAUCCGUAUACUUUUUAUGUCACUGAGAAUAAUGUCGCAGGAGCCUCUUUAUUUUCUGUGAGUGCUUAUGAUUGUGAUGACGGUGAUAAUGCUGUCAUAUCAUAUCAUAUUGUAAGAAAUGGUGACGAACACAAAAAGUUGACAUCUUUUCUA